AGGUACUUCAAUUUGAACCAUUUUAUUGAAUCUAAGACAUGUUUUCACAUAUUGAAAUCUCCAACAUAGAGUUUUAUUUUGGUUUUUUAAUCUCCUUAUAAAUUGGUGGUAUUUUAGAAUCAGGAAAAUGGUAAAUACAAUAAAUAUUGACUUUUGGUUAAUUGGCCUUUUGGAACAAUACCCACAACCUGGAUUUUCAUUUAUAUUCUUAGAAGAUAGACUCAGGUCUCUGUAGGUUCUGUUAUCUUAUUUCUUAUUUCAUUGCUGCCUAAAAGCUUUUAAAAUGAGAUUGUAUGGGAGAGUUUUGUUUUGUUUUUUUUACUUGGGGAGGAGUAAGGGAAACUACUAUGUUUGAAUUAGUAGGAUUUUUAAAAGUAAUGAUGCCAAAAGCUCAGUUUCUCUGUACACUGGUGCCGAAUCGAAUCUUGGAGACAGAGUUCUGGGUGUAGUAGAAAAGGAUAGCUUUAUUACUUUGCCAGGCAAAGGGGGGGACACACGUGGGCUCCUGCCUCUAAAAACUAUGUAUCCCAACUUGGAGAGGAUACUGAGAAGUUUUAUAGUAAUGGUUCCAAGAGGGCAUGAUCAGCUCAUGGACAUUCUUCUGAUGGGUUGGUGGUGAGAGCCACAAUGGACACAGCUAGCCAUAGCCUUGUCCUUCUGCAGCAGCUGAACAUGCAGCGAGAAUUUGGUUUUCUGUGUGAUUGCACAGUUGCUAUUGGAGAUGUCUACUUCAAAGCCCACAGAGCAGUGCUUGCUGCUUUUUCUAACUAUUUCAAGAUGAUAUUUAUUCACCAAACAAGUGAAUGCAUAAAAAUACAACCAACUGACAUCCAACCUGACAUAUUCAGCUAUUUGUUGCACAUUAUGUACACGGGGAAAGGGCCAAAACAGAUUGUGGAUCAUAGUCGUUUGGAGGAAGGGAUUCGAUUUCUUCACGCCGACUACCUUUCUCACAUUGCGACUGAAAUGAAUCAAGUGUUCUCACCAGAGACUGUGCAGUCCUCAAAUUUAUAUGGCAUUCAGAUCUCAACGACCCAAAAAACAGCUGUCAAACAAGGGCUGGAGGUCAAGGAAGCUCCUUCCAAUAACAAUGGAAAUAGAGCUGCUGUCCAGGGUGACCACCCCCAGUUGCAGCUCUCUCUUGCUAUUGGGCUGGAUGAUGGCACUGCAGACCAGCAGAGGGCCCAUCCUGCUGCCCAGGCCUUGGAGGAGCACCAGAAGCCUCCCGUGUCCAUCAAGCAGGAGAGAUGUGACCCAGAAUCUGUGAUUUCCCAGAGCCAUCCCUCACCCUCUUCAGAGGUGACAGGCCCCACUUCCACCGAAAGCGGUAUCAAAAUACACCUAUGCCAUUACUGUGGGGAACGUUUUGAUUCCCGUAGUAAUCUGAGACAACAUCUCCAUACCCACGUGUCUGGAUCCCUCCCAUUUGGUGUCCCUGCUUCCAUUCUGGAAAGUAACGACCUUGGUGAAGUGCAUCCACUUAAUGAAAAUAGCGAGGCUCUUGAAUGCCGCAGGCUUAGCUCCUUCAUUGUCAAGGAUAAUGAGCAGCAGCCUGACCACUCAAACCGGGGUACCACAGAGCCUUUGCAGAUCAGUCAAGUGUCUUUGAUCUCCAAAGACACUGAGCCAGUAGAAUUAAACUGUAAUUUUUCUUUUUCAAGGAAAAGAAAAAUCAGCUGUACCAUCUGUGGUCAUAAAUUUCUCCGAAAGAGCCAAUUACUGGAGCACAUGUAUACACACAAAGGUAAAUCUUACAGAUAUAACCGAUGCCAAAGGUUUGGUAAUACAUUAGCCCAGAGAUUUCAGCCAUAUUGUGACAGCUGGUCUGACGUCCCCCUGAAAAGUUCUCGCUUGUCACAAGAACAGUUAGACUCAUCUUGUGCCUUAGAGUCAGAACUCACACAAGAAAAUGUGGAUACUAUCCUGGUUGAGUAGCAGUUUCUCCUUCAGGAUUUUUGUAUCAGUUCUGAAAAAGAAAACUCACAUGCAUUUUUUAAUUCAUAAAUUAUUUUUCUCCUCAAGUUCUAUUGACUUUUUCUUUACCAUUUAUCCAUAGUUUUAAGGUUGUAUGUAUUAGAUCUUCUUAUUGUGAAAUAUAUUGAUACAUAGCUACUAAAAUGUAACCUUCAAUUAGGGCUGUGAACUUUUCAUAAAUUAAAUCACAAUUUAGAAAUCAGAAAUCAAUAUAGAAGUAUGGAAGUUUUUCCAGGUUGUAGAAUCUGUAAAAUCAAAUCGAAUAUGAAAUAAGUGAAAUCUUUUUUAAAGAAUAUUCUAGACUAUCACUUUUGGUUAAUGUUCCACAUGAAUUAAGCCCUUAUGAGGAUUAUUUUAAAAUAUUUUCUGCCAUGUAGGGAAUUAAUAGUUUUUAGUGCAUAACUAUAUGUUAUCAUGUAUAAAACAUUUGUUUUAAGGCAUAGCUAUACCAAAUCAUGAGUAGUUUUAAAUUACUUUUUACUUACUAGCUCUGCAACAUCUUAUGUGGCUUUAUUUAUUUUUUUUUUUAACACUGAGCAUACCUCAUUUUCAAUAAAAAAUAUUUAAAAGAGAGAAAGGGAGAAGAGUCAGAAACACACAAAAACGUAAAGAAACAGUAAGAUACAUACACAUAGAUAAGCAUAGAAGCCCCUGGUGUUAGAGACAGAAAUUCAGAUAGAUCUGUGUUGACUGACACCCUAGUGUUGUUAUCUUAAUCUAGAGUGUUUUCUUAAAGACCUUAAGGGAGUUUGAGAUUUUUAUGACCAGAAGUUUACAUGAGCUUAUGAGGUAAAUGAUAAAAUACAAAUUAUCUUUCUAUCCACAGUAUCAGAAGAUUUUAUAGGCUACCUGGGUUGACAUUAAUUUUCUAAUCAUCACCUGAAAAGGUAAUUUUUCAGUGGCACAAUUUUAACUUUUUUCUGGUCCAUAAAACCAGCAGAGUAGAUAUAGUCAGUGUCCUAGAACUAUGUUUAAAAUCCAUGACAGCCUUCCCUCUGUGAAUCAACUUAACUCCCUUUUAUAUUGGUGAAACUUACAAAGCUAAAAUUCCAGAAAAAUUAAAAUUGGUGGACUGAAUGAUAGAUUCUCCUGCUCUGUGUAGCUGGGAAAUAGCUGGUUAAACUUCACCACAGAGGAUAGACCUAAAUUGUUUCUGAGAUGUUUAAAUUUUAAAUACUAGAUAGUCAAGGAUAACAAAAGAGAGAGGCUUCAGAACAGCCUUAUCUUUUUUUGAAUGCUGCCCUGCUAAAUUCUAAACUUCACAGGUAUUUUAGUAAAUUUAGUAAAUUUGGUUUGUGAAGCUUAGAAUUUAACUACAUACAGAAACUGUUUGAUCCCCUUCCUGACUGCUCACUUCUUCGGGUAUUUCCUGACAUCACAGUUCCUCAACAGGAUCCGAGUUCAGUCAGGAGGUAGCUCAAAGAGAAAUCCAGCUCAUUCUAAGGGCACAAAGGUUUUCUCUGGGUUAUCAGUGAGUUUAGGUGAAUUAUGAACUGAUAAGUAUUUCUUAAGGAGUGAAUGAAGAAAACCAGUGGGCAUUGUCUAAGGGGGUUGAGCUUCUGUCCUAGACAAGGAUGGGGAAGCCUUGUGGGGUCCGGGUUGACAUGUGUUAAGAGCAAAAUCUAAGUAGCUAUUGAUACAGAGUCAGUUGUAUUGGGAGUAGUUAAAACAAAUGUAUUGCUCUUUAGUGUCAGAGCUUCAUCUAAUCUUAUACUUAAAUCAUUUAAGUAAUUAUUCAAACUCAUACUGUCCUCAAAGACUUCAUCUCAUAGGAUGAAUACAAAUAUUAACAUUGAUUUCAUGUAUCUUAGGCUAUUCUAGAUAUAUUCCCUAGCCUUCUUCAAGUAAAAUCUUAUUUUUCUCAUUUAGAUAAAAAUUUUCCUGAUUUUUCUCUUCUGUUUUCUUUCCUACUUGCUCAGUCAUUAGUCAUUGACACAAAAAAGUGUGUAUAGCUAAAGGGUGGGAGUAAGUGUGCAUAUGAAUUGUGGUGUAGGGCAGCAGUUCAGGGCAGAGUCUGGAUGUGGCAAAAGUUUGCUUUUGGCUGACUGUCCAUGAUAGACAACAUUAACUUAAAGCAGAGAUAUAUCUACUUUUGUUGGGUGUUAAGAAAAGAGUGCUUAACUGUAUUUUUAUUCUUAUUCAUAAAGUUCCUUUUAAUAUUAGGAAUUCAAAGCAGAUGUUCUUUCCUUCAUCUUCACAGUGUUCUGUCUGUAAUAGGAAGUGGGAAAAUGAUUACUCCAUUUUAUAGGAAAAAAUCCCAAAACCUGGGUUCCAGAGAGCCAGUGAAUAGUGGUGUGGGGAAUGACCCCAGUUUUAUCUUUUUCAUUCAUUCAACAGGAAUAUUUUUAAAAUAGCUGUUUUAUGACUAACACUGUGCCCUGAGUGUAUUUUUUUAAGACAUGAUUCCUCACUAAGAAAAAUCUACCUUGUAUAAAAAAGUCCUUCCAGCAAAACCCUUUAGUUUUGACUACAUCAUUUGUAAAAUGGAGCUAUUAUCUUAGCCAUAUAGUAUGGUUUGCAUGAUGAUCACCAAACUCUUAAAACUGGAAAUGCCGUGUACACCUUAAUGUAUUGGGCAAGUACUAGACAGACAUUUCCCCUUUGGAUCAGCUUAGAAUUUUCCCUUCUUUCUAGAUCCCACAUAUAGUUGUUCUCUGGAGGAAAACAGACUGUUUCAGUAUUUGUCCUUAUUAGCCUAUUGUCAGAACUCAGUAUCUGAUAAGUGCAGUCUGCCUUAUAAGAAAACGAAAAUUUCUUGAUUUAUCUCUUGAGAUUAUUAUCUCUUUCUCUGAUUUUCUGAUUUCCCAUCUGUAAAGUGUCUAUAAGCAAUCCCCACCUCACAGGGGUGUUGUGAGGAUUUGUAUUAAAACUGUGUUAAGUUCUAUCAGUAUUAUUGGUAAAAACCAACCAUAUAAAGAAAACUACAUUCUACAUGUUUUCUGCAGCUAAACCUAUUAACUUUAGUAUUCCAACUCAUAAAUUCUAGAAUGUCUUAGAAGCAGUCAUGUACUAUUUAAUACUCAAUAAUUAAUUGGCAGAAUUCUUAUUUUUUGUUUACAAAUACUCUAGAAACAGCAGUGUUGCUAGAAUUCCUAUUCUACCUACCAUAGUUUAACCAUCAGUAUUUCUCUUCAGCCUUUAACAAGGAGGAUAUUAAUUCUUUGGUGUUAUUGGGAAUGAAACGUUGCCAAGUUCAACUUUAUUUACAGUUCCCCCAAACAUAUUGUUUACAUAUAGGAAAAGGAACAAGAGCAAUGGAGAAAAUACCAUUUUCAUUUCUUUGAUGUAGGUCAUCUAAAAAGUAGAUGGAGACCAGAAAUGUAGCAGGGCGAAUAACCGAGUAAUUCAUUAUGUUUUGUCAAAAUAGUAAGGCUUCACUUAAAACUGAAGGAAAUACAUAUUAAUCAUGGAAGAAGAUAGUCUGGAAAAUGUAUAAUUCCACUGAUGUUUAUUUGCACAGGCUAAUUCUUGAUGUUGUAACUCAGAUCCUUGAGAAGUAUCCAUUUUUUUGUAGUAAUUGAGGUAAAAAUAGGCCAUGUGAAGAAUUUUCAUAAUGUAACUUGUAUCUUUGUAUGUUUUAAACUAAAUGUAGCUCUAUGGUAUUUUAUUAUAAAUUUUUGAAUUCCUAAGAAUGAAAUCUGUACAUUUUUAUUCUUUGCUGUACUUAUGUGUUUGUAUGGUUGGACUUUUUUGAAAACUGGUAAGAUUCUAUAGUCCUAUGCCUGGCUGUCUUAAAUAUAAGGAAUUACAAACUGAUUUUUGUCUUCAAGACCUGGAAGAAUCCUUUGUGCUUCAGUGUAUAUCUGUGCCACACUUGAUUAAUUAGUAGAUAUUGCUCCAAUGCAAUUGAUGUUAACUGUCAUCAACUCUUCUAUUUUGUGCCAAAUAAAGUCAUUUAGUCAGAUUAAAUAAAAUAUCAACUUAAAAUACUUCAAAGAAACUUGUAUUUCAAAAACCUGGACAAAAAAAAAAGGCAAAAGGGAAUUCCUUGGCGGUACAGUGGUUAGGAGUCUGCACUUUCACUGCCGAAGGCCUGGGUUUGAUCCCUGGUUGGGGAAUUAAGAUCGCACAAGCUGCACAGCACGGCCAAAAAAAAAGAAAAAAAACCCAAAAACUUGUACAAUGAAAAAGGGCCCCUGAAGAAAUCUUCAAAGUACUAGUAAUAGUAACACAUAAUACAGGAGACUGAAAUCAAUAAUAUAUUGUAUGGUUAAACUCUUCCACCUAAUGUAUUGGAAGUUUGCUUCAGAAACAUUAUUUCAGAAAGUUUCGUAUUCUCCAUUUGGAAUGAAAACUGUGAAUUUCAUGUAUUUUAUCAUGACAAAUAAAUUAAUGUGACUUGAUCAUAAACAAAACCUUUUAUUA